GGACUGACGUCACCAGCACGUAAAGGCUCUGCCUCGACGCCUGAACGGUCUUUUCUUCUACAGUCCUGUUAGGGUGCCAGGCCUGCCGUCUGCCGCGGAUACUACCAACACACAAAGAGCAAAAUGAUCAUCUACAAGUGCAUCCUCACCGGUGACGAGAUGUUCUCCGACGUGUACAAAGUCGUCGAAUCAGAAAAUGGGAUCAUCUAUGAAGUCGAAGGAAAGAUGACAUCCCGGAAAUCAGACGAUAUUGAUGAGUCAGUGUUUGGGGGCAACGCCUCUGCUGAGGAGGCGGUAGAGUCUGUUGAAAGCACCACAGUCAGUGGAGUGGACAUCAUCCUUAACCACAAGCUUCAGCAGACCGGAUUCACCAAGGAAUCGUACAAAACCUACAUCAAAGACUAUAUGAAGGCAGUCAAGGAGAAGCUGAGCGAGAAAAACCCAGAUAGAGUGAAGCCCUUCAUGGCAGGAGCCCCAAUGGAGGUUAAGAAGAUCCUGUCGAACUUUAAGGAAUAUGAGUUUUUCAUCGGGGAGUCAAUGAAUCCAGAUGGCAUGGUGGGCCUGCUGGGCUUCCGUGAGGACGGCCUGACACCAUACAUGGUCUUCUUUAAAGAUGGCCUGGAGAUUGAGAAAUGCUAACAACCUGGAACCACAUCUGCUUUUCAACUGGCUACUGCUUCUAAACGGACCCAAAGCACAGACUGAAACAGAAACACUCUUCUGCAUCAUGCCUGAUUGGAAGUGUACUUCAACAAUCCAUUAUUGACAUGGGCUUCAGCAUCAGUUGGAAGCUGCCUCAAAGUGUUGAGUGAAUAUGGUGGAUCACAGAACGCAGUUUUUAAAUGAGCAUUUUUUUCUCAUUUGUUUUACAUCGUUUUAUUUUCUCCCAAGUUUGGCCCUGUUGCAGUGAUUAUUGCACUAGAACAAAUCAAAAUGAAGUGAAAGACCACUCUUAAUUCCUUGCAGAAUGAGGCUUCACAUUUCUGUCAUCAAUUCUCCAGGAAGAUCAGGACACUGUCACAUCUGCUUUUGUUUGGUUUAUGGUUGCAUCAAAUACAGUUAACAUCUACCUUGAAAAGACGGUAUAGGAGUCUGGUUUAAAUUGUGAAAAUAAAACUUGGUAAUGACAGCUCCA